AUGGAGACCACUUUUGCAACAACAGGAGCAGAUAUUAAAGAGUUUUUACGCGAGAAUCAAAUUGACACCAGAGAUCUCCUAUUGGCUUCACAGACAGGCAUCAUUGAUGACUCUAUGUUUAUUAACAGAAUCGGUCUUCGUAACAACUGUGCUUUAGUUGUUGUUCCAAAGACUAACAAGAAGAAAGGAAUCCCACCGAUGAGAUCGUUAUGUGCUAUGCCAAGCCUUAGACCAUCACAGUUCCCUAAUUCUGUUACUAUAGAGCCAGAGACAAAGAUUAGAGCGAGUUCUUCAAUUCGCUCUGUUUUCCCCAAGUUCAAUAGACAUUCACUCCCAUUUUAG